AUGGCAUCGCCUCCUCCCCCGGUAGAAGACCAGGCGCGGCUGCUGGAGGAUGCCUUGGGGAUAGUGCGCCAGCAGAGCGUCCUGAUGCGACGGUGUCUGGAAACGCCUGGGAAGCUCAUGGAUGCGCUGAAGUGCAGCUCAACACUCGUCUCCGAGCUACGAACCAGCAGCCUUGGGCCUAAACAGUACUACGAGCUGUAUAUGUCCGUGUUCGAUGCGCUACGACACCUCUCCGUCUACCUACGCGAGUCUCAUCCCGUCAAUCACCUUGCCGAUCUCUACGAACUGGUUCAAUAUGCAGGUAACAUCGUGCCAAGGUUAUACCUGAUGAUUACAGUGGGGACCGUGUACAUGGGCAUUGAAGAUGCGCCGGUGAAAGAGAUUAUGAAGGAUAUGAUGGAGAUGAGCAGGGGUGUACAGCACCCGGUGCGCGGCUUGUUCUUGAGGUACUACCUCAGCGGGCAGGCGAGGGACUACUUACCCGAAGGCACUGGGGAUGGGCCGGAAGGGAAUCUGCAAGACAGCAUAAGCUUCAUUCUUACAAAUUUCGUGGAGAUGAACAAGCUCUGGGUCCGGUUGCAGCACCAAGGCCAUUCGAGGGAACGAGAACAGAGGACGAAAGAGCGACAGGAGCUACAGCUGUUGGUCGGGAGCAAUCUCGUGCGACUGAGCCAGUUGGUGGAUCUGGAGACAUAUAAGAGUGUCAUCUUGCAGCCACUACUGGAGCAAGUCGUGCAAUGUCGGGAUGUACUGGCGCAGGAAUACUUGCUGGAGGUCAUCACGCAAGUGUUCCCGGAUGAGUUCCAUCUGCACACUCUGGAUCAGCUGCUGGCGGCUACUGCUCGGCUCAAUCCUCAUGUCAACGUCAAGGCCAUCGUUGUAGCACUUAUGGAUCGGUUGUCGGCCUACGCGCAACGAGAAGCAGAGACGCAGUCGCCCGAAGACAGGCAAAAGCAGGAAGAAGAGUCUGUCGCUGCACUCAUGCAAAAGCUGAGCGUGUCAAAGUCGCAGCAGGAAUCCGCAUCAGCAGCGAAGCCGAGCGAGGAUGGCGAGCCAGCCGCAAAUGGAGACGCAGAAGACUCCGCAGAACAUCCUGCGACCCCAGGGGCACCUGAAGAGCAGCCCGAUGCAGAGCCUGCGCAGUCUCACACCAACGGUGAGAGCAACAAGCACCGAGGCAUACCAGACAACGUCAAACUGUUUGAGAUCUUCUACGAGCAAGUCGUACAUCUCGUCGGAAUGCAGCGACUGCCCAUUCAGGACAUCACGGCGCUGCUUGUAUCACUCGUUAACCUCGCCCUCAACAUCUACCCCGAACGCCUCGACUACGUCGACCAAGUCUUCCACUACGCCACUAAGGAAGUCAGCAGGUUCACAAACUCCGCCGACCUACAUUCCCAAGCCUCUCAGACAAACCUCCUCAGCCUACUGCUUGGCCCAGUCAAGGCCUACUUCUCCCUCUUCACCGCCUUGGCACUACCCAACUUUGUACCGCUUUUCCAGCAACAAACAUACCCGACGCGACGAGCCGUUGCUGGUGAAGUCGCAAGAAGUCUGUUGCGAAACGAGACCAGAAUCACUACGUCAGAGCACCUUGACAGCGUGCUCCAGAUCCUAUCAGUCCUGGUUAAAGAGGGCAUGCAGCCUCCGUCAGGCUACCAAAGUGGCCCCGUCCGCAGACCUGCUGCCGAGACGGAGGAGACCGUUGAAGAGCAGGGCUGGCUUGCGCGGAUAGUGCACCUCGUUAAGGGCUCAGACAACGUCGCCCAGUUCAAGCUGCUCCAGCAAGCCAAGAACACCUUCGCAGAGGGCAGCGACAGGAUAAAGUACACCACUCCUGCUCUACUGACACAAUCACUCAAGCUUGCGAGGUCGUUCAAGCGAAGAGAACACCUUUCCAGCGACGACUACGCUACACAAUCCUCCGCCCUGUACAAAUUCAUGCACACCAUGAUCUCCUCUCUCUACACACGAGUCUCCGCCUCCGGCGUACCUGACCUCUGUCUCCGGCUGUUCGUAUCUUGCGGACAAGUUGCCAGCCAGUGCGAGAAUGAGGAUAUCGCAUACGAAUACUUUGCGCAGGCAUUCACGAUCUACGAAGAGUCAAUAUCAGACUCGCGGUCGCAGUUCCAAGCUAUCUGCAUCAUCUCUGGUGCUUUGGCUGGAUGCUCCGACCGGUUUGGCCAAGAAAAUUACGAUACGCUGAUAACGAAGGCUGCGCUGCACGGAAGCAAGCUGCUGAAGAAGCCGGACCAGUGUCGGGCGGUGUAUCUCGCAAGUCAUUUGUGGUGGGCAGUUGAGAAGGGCGAGCGACCUGAAGGUGGCAAGGAGCCCUACCGCGAUGGCAAACGCGUUCUCGAGUGCCUUCAGCGUGCCCUUCGAGUCGCAGACGCAUGCAUGGACACUGCCGUCUCUGUCGAACUCUUCGUCGAGAUCCUGAAUCGCUACGUCUACUAUUUCGACCAAGAAAACGACGCUGUCACGACCAAGUACUUGAACGGCCUGAUCGAGCUGAUACAUUCUAAUCUUAAUACUACCGAGAACGCCAGUGGCUUGGAGAACCCAAGGAGGCACUUCGAGCGGACUUUGGAGUAUAUUCGAAGUCGGGAUUAUGAGGGUGUCGAGACGAAGCCGAAGUGA